AGUUCUGUCAUCUGUAUUCUGUGGUUGUAGAAGUUGGUUGUUUUGAUUUGUGAGAGUGAAUAGAUUUUUAUUCAAGAUGCAACCACAGGUUUUAGUGCUGAAGGAGGGGACGGACCAGUCGCAGGGCAAGCCACAGCUUAUCUCCAACAUCAAUGCCUGCCAGUUGGUGGUCGAUGCUGUCCGCACAACCCUCGGUCCCCGAGGCAUGGACAAGCUGAUCGUGGACCACAGUGGAAAAGCUGUCAUUUCUAAUGAUGGAGCUACAAUUAUGAAGCUAUUGGACAUUGUGCACCCAGCUGCCAAGACUUUGGUGGACAUUGCUAAAUCUCAAGAUGCUGAGGUGGGUGACGGAACCACCUCUGUUGUGAUCCUGGCCGGCGAACUGUUGAAGAGGUUGAAGCCUUUUGUAGAAGAAGGUGUGCACCCGCGGAUCCUGGUGAAGGCGGUACGCACCGCCGCCCGCCUCGCCGUACAGAAGGUGCACGAGUUAGCAGUGAAAAUUGAGAGCAAAUCUCCCGAGGAACAAAGGGAGCUCCUGCGCAAGUGCGCGGUGACGGCGAUGUCGUCGAAGCUGAUCCACCAGCAGCGCGACCACUUCUCCAAGAUGGUGGUGGACGCCGUGCUGUCGCUCGACGCGCCCCUGCUGCCCCUCGACAUGAUCGGUAUCAAGAAGGUGACGGGCGGUGCCUUGGAGGACUCCUUCCUUGUGUCCGGAGUGGCGUUCAAGAAGACAUUCUCGUACGCCGGCUUCGAGAUGCAGCCCAAGAGCUACGACAACUGCAAGAUCGCGCUGCUGAACAUCGAGCUCGAGCUCAAAGCUGAACGAGACAAUGCUGAGGUGCGCGUGGACAACGUGAAGGAGUACCAGAAGGUGGUGGACGCGGAGUGGCAGAUCCUGUACGAGAAGCUCGCGGCGCUGCACGCCAGCGGCGCCAACGUCGUGCUCAGCAAGCUGCCCAUCGGCGACGUCGCCACGCAGUACUUCGCCGACCGCGACAUGUUCUGCGCCGGUCGCGUGGCCGAGGAGGACAUCAGGCGCACGCAGCGUGCGUGCGGCGGCGCCGUGCUGAGCUCCGUGCGCGACCUGCAGCCCGCCGCGCUCGGCCGCUGCGACAACUUCAGCGAGCGGCAGGUCGGCGGCGAGCGGUACAACAUAUUCAGCGGUUGCCCGGCGGCGAAGACGUGCACGCUGAUCCUGCGCGGCGGCGCGGAGCAGUUCCUGGAGGAGACGGAGCGCUCGCUGCACGACGCCAUCAUGAUCGUGCGCCGCACCAUCAAGAACGACGCCGUCGUCGCCGGCGGCGGCGCCAUCGACAUGGAGGUGUCGAAGCACCUGCGCGACUACAGCAAGGGCGUGGCGGGCAAGGAGCAGCUGCUGGUGGCUGCGGCGGCGCGCGCCUUCGAAGCCAUCCCGCGCCAGCUGUGCGACAACGCCGGCUUCGACGCCACCAACCUGCUCAACAAGCUGCGGCAGAAGCACCACCAGGGCGAGGUGUGGUACGGCGUGGACAUCCAGCGCGAGGACAUCGCGGACAACUUCGCGAGCUGCGUGUGGGAGCCCGCCGUCGUCAAGGUCAACGCUAUCACCGCCGCAUGCGAGGCCGCCGCCCAGAUUCUGUCAGUCGAUGAAACGAUCAAGAACGUGAAGAGUGGUGGCGACAUGCCGGCGCCGGGGCGCGGUAUGGGCCGGCCGCGGAUGGGCUAGGUGGCCCCACUAACAUCUCACUGUCUCCGCUCCCGGGCUUGCGAGCGCCGCCUGUGCCUACAAGAUACGAAGUAUUAUGUUGUAUAAUAUUAUAGCUGAUCGGCGAUCACUGAUGCAUUUUAUUACCUAUAUAUUUUAUGAUACACUCGAUGACGCGCUAGCAUUUCUAAUAAUUUUGUUCCAUUGUAAUUCCAGAGUUUUCUAGAAUACUUUAUUUAUAAAUGCGGACCUUCAAGCUUCUAUUUGCAUUGUUUUAGAUUAAAACAUUAGAAACUAAUAUUU